AUGUCGACAGAAUACGUCAAAUGUGCACACAGAACCAUCCCAGAGGAUGGAAACUUUGCGAACAGGAAAAGGCUGGUGAUCUGCUGCGAUGGCACAUGGAACAACUCCAAUAAUGGCGGCGUACCCACCAACGUGAGCCGUCUCUCAUCUGCAGUCGCACACAAGUGCUGCAGCGGAAUGCCUCAAGUAGUCUACUACCACCGCGGUCCCGGAACAGAAGAAGACAAAUGGGCUAGCUUUGUGGGAGGCCUGUUCGGCCUGGGUGUCAAACAGCGGUACCAGGACAUCGUAGAUUGCUACCGCUUCAUCUGCGAUAACUACAAUCCGGGUGAUGAGAUCAUAAUCGUCGGCUUCUCACGAGGUGCCUUCACGGCUCGGUCGCUCGCAGGCAUGGUCUGCACGCUUGGGUUCCUCAACCGCUCUGGACUCAGCAGCCUCGGCCAGAUCUACAACGAUUACAAGGCCUUCAACGACUGGACGGAUCCUCGCAUUUUUGACCCGAAGAAGCAUCUACUAGGGUUUAACCAUGACCAGCUGAAGAUGAAGAUCGAGAAACAGUACAUGACAGAGAUUCAGCCGCUCGAAGAUAAGUUGGACGCCGACAAAGUCGGAGAUUUAUCCGAGGAAGAGUUAUGGGAUGUGGAGAGGGAUCUGGUGAAACUCCUCGAACGUUACGACAAGGCAACAAGUCACGAAGCCUUAGAGAAGCAGCUGUAUCAGGACAAAAAAGAGUUAUUCACGAAGAUGACUCAAUUCAAACGGACAGAUGGGAGCAUGAAGUUUCGCUCCAUGGCAGAAGCUUAUCGCCAGCAGCUGAGCGAUUACGAACUUUGUUUGACUCGUAUGGAAGACAACGGCAGCAAUGUCACCUCGCACAAAGCUGUGGAGGGGAAGAUCAAGGCAGUUGGUGUUUGGGAGACAGUAGGCAGUCUUGGAAUUCCCAAGAUGCCGUGGUGCAAUUGGCACGGCGCCAGCCGCAGUGCUGCAGAGCUCCGAUUUGCCAGCUACAACGUCCACCCCAAUAUCGAUCAUGCGUUCCACGCCCUUGCUCUGGACGAAUUCAGAAGCCCUUUCUCUCCCACGCUUUGGAGAUGCAAGAGAUCGAACAAGAAUACUCAACUCCGCCAGGUCUGGUUUCCUGGGUGUCACAGCAACGUCGGCGGAGGCACUGAUUCCCAGCAAAUCUCCAAGAUUGCCCUUGGAUGGAUGGCGGAUCAGCUGACUUCCGUUGGCGUGGAAUUCAGCACGUGCGAGAUGCAGCGCAUCUUCAGUACAAUCUCCCACGGAGACACCAUUCGGCCUUGGGGUCUCGGUGAGAUCACCAGCCCGACAUCUUUGGUCACGACAGGUCUUGACCGGGUUUGGAACACGAUAUCAGCGCCAUAUUUUGCGUACCACGGUCAAUACGCAGAGAACUCAGCGCGAAAACCCCAUUUCUAUGAGGAUGACGGCCAGAAGAAGCUUCUGACACACACGGAGGAGCUCGUUCAUCCCUGUGUAAGGGUUCGGUACCUGUACAACGGUCUCGGGCUUGACGAUAAGGCUGAAUGGCGCUGCAAUGCUCUGACGGGACGCGGAUGGGAACUCAAGCUUGAUAGAGGCGUGGGCCCAGAUAAGAUUCGCCCAGGCCGGGAUCCGAAGAUCGUGGACAAGUACAGGACCGUCGGCGGAUCCGUCACCUCUAUCCAUCAGCAGUAUCCGAAGACCCUGGCUGCGGAAGGCCAGCUCGUCAAUACUGAGCAGCCCUCGGAGGUCCAUCUAUGGCAGUUGAAAUAUCCGGAAAACGCUUACACAUGGACUCACCCAGAGGGUAAGGUGCUUGAAGAAGAGCAAAUUGGCAUGUGGGAACGCAUGUUCAUCAGAAUCAACGACAACCAUGUCGACUUGAAGGAGAUAAGUGAUGAACAAAAGAUGCAGAAACAGACGCAAGGUGAUCGCCUUAGAGACAUGGCGACGAACAACGUGUACCACGCCCUGGGCAUGGUUGACUGGAUUGUCAAGACUACUAUUGGCGCAGUAUUUGUUACGCGGCCGGACAAGCAGUAUCCGCUCGGGUACCCGUUAAAGCAUGGGUACUACGACUUUGUGUCCUGGCAAAAGGGGCUCAAGCAGGAUGAUUCGGAGGUUGGCCCCUCAGCCAAGGACUCGGCCAAGGAUGCACAUGCUUCUAAAGAUGGUGAUGUCCAUGUCCAUUACCACUGGCUGAAUGAUGGUACGCAAUGA